AUGUGCCAGCACGUGGGCAAGAGCGUCAGCCUGGCUGACAUUAAGCGGCAGCUGAAGUCGAACCGGUGGAUCGGCGCCUGCGACAAGAAGGUGCCGACCCCGUGCACGGCACCCGCGGAUGGGGAGGAGCAGUCGGUGCCGUCGGGCGCGCAGCUGCCGCACGGCGUCUGGCUGUGCAUGCAGUGCGGCCACCAGGGUUGCGCGAGGCACGCCACGCAGCAUUUUAACACGCCGCGCUCCGACUCGCACACGCUGGCCGUCAACGCCGCCGCCGACUGGGGCGUCUGGUGUUUCACAUGUAACGAGAAAGUGUCACUGAAGAGUAAUAAGAAACUUCACGAAGCUGUGCAGUUUGUCAAGAAAAAGCAGGGAACUCUACGUCCCGGGACCACGCCAUCCAAGGAGGACACUCCGCCUCCCAAGUCUUCCAAGGGCGCCUCCGCUAAGGAGAAACAGGCUCAAGCGGACUGUGAUAACGAGUCACUUCCGAAGGUCAAGGGUCUGAUCAACCUGGGCAACUCGUGUUACCUGAACUCGGUGCUGCAGUGUCUGAGCCAGUGCCACUACCUGACGCACUACCUAGACAUCAGCAGCCGCUCCGGGCGAAAGGUCACAGUCAGCGCUAACGGGGAGACAAUGAAGCUGGUGCUGCCGGAGGGCGGGCCCAUCACCGCCUCGCUGUGCGACUUUCUCAAGAAGAUGCACAUCACGGGCACCGGCUCCACCGUCUCCCCCAGUCAUCUGCUCAGAAAGAUCGCCCUGAAGGUGCCCCAGUUUGUGGGCUGCGACCAGCAGGACGCACACGAGCUGCUGCGAGCGCUCAUGGAGCAGGCGCGGCUUGAGGAUCUCCGGCGGCACCAGAAGCAGAUCCUGCUCGAUCUGGGGCUGCCGGCCAAGGCCGACCCCAAGGAAGUACCCGACGACAUGAAGGCGCGUGCCAAGGCGCUGGGCCGCCAGGUAUCGCAUACGACCAUCGACUCCAUCUUCAGCGGCCAGCUGGUCAGCCUGGUGGUGUGUCAGGCCUGCAUGGCCUGCACACACAGCAUGGAGCCCUUCCUCGACCUCUCGCUGCCCGCCGCCGAAUAUAUCAUCUUCAGCCCGCUGUCGGAGCUCGACCCGCCGCCGGCCUCGGUCAGCGGGGAAUCGACGGAAGACGAGCUGAACGAACCGCCGGCCUCAGUCAGUCCGGACCCGCCGGCUGACGAGCCGCCCGCCUCGGUCAGCCCCGACCCGCCGGCUGACGAGCCGCCUGCCUCGGUCAGCCCCGACGCGCCGGCCGACCUGGCCGCGGAGGAGCUCUCGGAGCGGCUCAGCGCGCUGAUAGUGGACCGCGCCGGCGCCGCUGCCGCUGCGAACUCGUGUGGGGACGAGCCGGGCCCGCUGACGGUGAACGGCCGGCCGUCGUCACCGGUGGAGGCGGACGCGGCGCCGGCCGGGCUGGUGCCACUGGUCGGGGAGAGUGCUGACAAAGCCCCGAACGGUGCGCCGGAGACGGCGGGAGCGGACCAGGUGGGGGAGAAGCAGAGCUCUGUGCCGGCGGAGAACUGCGGAGAGGCAGUGGAGGCGCGUGAGAACAGUCUGGGCGCUCCGAACGGUCACUGCGGAAGGGCAGCCGAGGAGGCCCCGCGGGAGGGCCAGUCGCCGUCACCCGGUGAGGUGCCGGGCGGUGUGCCGACGGAGGCAGUGGCGAACGGCCAGAGCUCAACGGCAGGGUUGGCGGACGGCGGUGAACUCCAGUCUGCGCCGAACGGCGGGACCUGCGCGCCAACCGAGUCUGCCCCGGCCGAAAGGGCGGGGACCCCCUCACCGGCGGCCAAUCCCUCGGACGGCCCGCCGCCGCCGCUGAGCCGCUGUGAGUGGCUCAGUCGAGCUCUGACCACCCUGGCGCCGCGCUACCAGGCGGCCGCUGGCGAGUGCAGCCUGCUCACCUGCCUUAACCAGUACACGGCGCCCGAGCUGCUCACCGGCAACAGCAAGUUCGGUUGCGACAACUGCACCGAGCUGCGCAACAAACGGCUCAAGGCGGCUGAAAAAGCAGCUGAGAAGAAACUCGGCACAGUAUACAGCAACGCCAGCAAGCAGCUGCUCAUCUACAGUCCGCCGCCGGUGCUGACCAUCCACCUGAAGCGGUUCGAGGUGUGCAGCUUCAGCCUGCGGAAGGUAAACCGGCACGUGCAGUUCGGCGAGCGGCUCGAUCUGGCCCCCUUCUGUUCCUCCAUCAGCCAGGACCUGCCUCAGAUGCGGGCCGGCCAGCGGCGGGUGCUCUACUCGCUUUUUGGUGUCGUUGAGCACAGCGGUCGACUGACCAGCGGCCACUACACAGCCUACGUGCGCGUGCGCCGCCGUCACGACCAGCUCACCGUCAACCCUGCGCGAGUCACCACACUCGUCACCGACGCGUUCGCCGUGGCGUGUGAGCGGGCAAGGCAGCGCGCCGAGCAGACCCGACCGGAGACCACGGACGGACCGUCCCCGGUCAGGCCCGCAGAGGAGGGCCGGGAUGACGGGGAGGGCGAGGACCCCGCCGCCGCGCCACAGGAGUCACAGACGGAUCAAAAACAGCCCGCCCCGGAGCCCGAGACGGAGCCGGAGCCGCAGCCGGAGGCCGGGCGGUGGUUUUACGUGAGUGACAGGCACGUCACAGAGGUGACUCUGGACAAGGUGCUCAAGGCGCAAGCUUACAUGUUGUUCUACGAGCGAAUUGUGUAA